AAUAUCCUUAGAAGACCACACCCGCGCGGGUGCACACGUUGAAAAUGUGAAAAUUUUCCCAGAGCCACCACCACACCAACGUCACACCAUCACUUUAGUUCACCAUUUCUGCCCGUUUACCACCCCAAAAUGGCACACUACCCCAUUCGACACCGCACCAGCAAAAAUCCACCACCCGAAAAUAUACCCUCAAUCUGUGAAUUCUGAACGAAAGAAAUUUUUGGCAGGAUAUUCGACACACCAUGUCGAAACAACACACUGACUAUACCAUCACCAUCCUCUCUGUGGUGGUGUCCAAUAUUUUAUAUGUGCUCCCUCUCUGUAUGUCAGAAUCAGAACCCACCCCAAUCGUUUGACAUUGAGUGUGCUUCGUCCUUUAGUACUGGAAUAUUGUGGGCUAUUUUGGCAUAGAGUGAUGGAAAAUUCACCACUGACUCAAUUUGAAAAUAAAUGUUACUCUUGCUUGCUCCCCUGAAAAUAUGGUUCAUCCAACAAUAAAAAAAGGACCUACAUGUUUUUGGUCUUUUAUAACGAAAAGAGAGUGGAUCUAGUUUUUGGGGCCAAAUUCCAAUAUAUCGGGUUGGGAAAUUUAUUAUUAUAAAUUUUUUUUGUUAUAUUUUUUGUGUCCAAAAAAAGGAUAUUUUGGGGCUGUUGUGUUGGCUGGCAAAUACAAUUUUCUGCCUGUGAUUUGCUGGAUUUAAACGAAUAUACAUUUCCCAAAAAGGAACACACAAAGUUCUCUCUAUGGCAGUGUAUUUUUUUCUGUUCUGUUUCUUCUUCGGUUACGUUCAUCAUCAUCCUGGUAUAUCCUAGUUUUAGCAAGCAGCAGCGCAGUGUGAAAUUUCGUUUAUAACUUAAAGUGAUACUAUAUCUGAUUUGUGUUAAUAUAUGAAAUAUAAAAAAAAUCCUUGAACUUUGACCUAUUCGUGUUAAAUUUGAGAGUGUAAAACAGAGAGGAUAAACAACAAACAUCUCAUUUUAUAUAUAGUUAAGCAAGUGCUUCCUUGAUGUGAAAAAAAAAUCAAUUUAUUCCAUCAUAUACAAGUAACAUAGAAAAAGCGAAAAAAAUAAAAUAGUCGACGACGACGACGUGAGUGAAAGUUGAAUAGAAAAAAUUGCAAAAAAGGAAAUAGAAGAAUCUCCAUUUUUUGUUCCUUUCGCAAAAAUAAAAAUAUAUACAUAAAUUUAUAUUUUGUUUUUCUAAAAAAUAUAUAUAAAAGAAAAGUGUUUUUAUUUUCUUGUUCGUUUUUUUUUUGUUUUCUUGUCGAGUGUGUUUCCUGUUUUUGUUUGAUUUUUAUUGUUCGGAAAUAAAAAUAAAAAAAAAAAAACACACGCCCAACAUUGUAUUGAAAUAGUCCUUCCUAUACCCAUCAUCAUCGUUCGUUGUUCUCUCUAAAAAAAAAUUCAUCUUUGGUGAAAAACAAAAAAAAAAAAAAAAAAAUCAUCCAAACCAAAACUAUUCAUAUAGGAACGAAAUUUUUUAACCAACAAUCCAACAACAAAGCUGAUUUUCUAUAAGAGUGGAUAUGAAUAUGAAACAAAGGUGACGCCGCUGCAAUGAGGACGAUCCGUUAGCGGCAUUGACUAUGGGACCAGAGGCAUGGGCGUGUGUGCGGACCCUGGGUCUUACCGGUGGUGUCAGGCAUUAAGCCGGUCGCGAUCAUCGUUCGCCACAACAACAACAACAACAACAACAACAACAACAAAAACAACCAAAACUAAUAAAUCAACAACAAAAACUACUGCAGUAAAAACUGCAACAACAACUUAUCGUAAAAACUAUUCAAUCAUAUCUCGAACAACGCAAAAUCUAACCGAACUCUUCAAAUCCCUGGAGCUGGUCUUUCUUGUUUUUGUGAUACUAACAAAAACUACAUUUGCCAAUAUUCCAGAAGAUGCUGUACACAUUACAGCAAUCCUUGGUGAAGGCGUUAUAUUCAACUGUCACGUCGAAUUUCCCAACGAUCAUCCAGUGCCAUAUGUCCUGCAGUGGGACAAGAAGGUGAGCGAAACGGGAUCUGAUUUACCCAUAUACAUUUGGUACGAAAGUUAUCCAGAACACAUCGAAGAAGGUUAUAAGGGACGCGUGUCCCGUGUGUCACAGGACUCACCAUUUGGUUCGGCAUCACUCAACUUGACCAACAUUAAGGAAGCGGAUCAGGGAUGGUACGAGUGUAAAGUUGUAUUUUUAAAUCGUGAUCCAAAACAACAUAAGAACGGUACAUGGUUCCAUUUAGAUGUACAUGCACCGCCACGUUUUAGUGUUACACCAGAAGAUAUUAUAUACGUUAAUUUAGGGGAUUCAAUUAUUCUUAAUUGCCAAGCCGAUGGCACACCAACACCAGAAAUUCUAUGGUACAAAGAUGCUAAUCCCGUUGAUCCAUCCUCUACUGUUGGCAUCUUUAAUGAUGGUACCGAGUUACGGAUCUCCACCAUCAGAAACGAGGACAUCGGAGAGUACACCUGCAUUGCACGCAAUGGUGAGGGACAAGUCUCCCAUACGGCCCGUGUUAUAAUAGCGGGCGGCGCUGUAAUCAUGCCGGAUACCGGUAAAGCCGAUGAAUUAAAAAAAGUCGGUAUUACUGUGCCGCCCACAAACCAAACGAAGCUCGAGGGCGAGAAGGUGAUGUUCUCAUGCGAGGCAAAAGCCAUGCCUGGUAAUGUCACCGUUCGAUGGUUUCGUGAGGGUUCACCCGUACGUGAGGUGGCCUCGCUAGAUACGCGUGUCACCAUUCGUAAGGAUGGAUCCCUUAUUAUAAAUCCAGUUAGUGCUGAUGAUUCCGGACAGUAUCUGUGCGAAGUAUCAAAUGGUAUUGGAGAUCCGCAAAGUGCUUCGGCUUAUUUGAAUGUUGAAUAUCCUGCCAAAGUGACCUUCACACCAACUGUACAAUAUCUACCCUUUCGACUUGCCGGUGUCGUUCAAUGUUAUAUUAAGUCGAAUCCACCCCUACAAUACGUGACGUGGAUCAAAGAUAAGCUUCUCCUCGAGCCAUAUCAGACCAAGGACAUUGUCAUCAUGAACAACGGUUCGCUCUUGUUCACACGCGUUGGUGAAAAUCAUCAGGGGCGUUACACCUGCACCCCGUACAACGCUCAGGGCACUCAGGGCUCUUCCGGUCCCAUGGAGGUGCUGGUGCGUAAGCCGCCCAUAUUCACUGUCGAACCGGAGACGCUGUAUCAGCGAAAGGUUGGCGACAGCGUGGAAAUGCACUGCGAUGCUAUUGAAGCGGAAGGCACUCCGCGGCCCACAAUCAAGUGGCAGAAACAAGAUGGCGUUCAACUAACCGAGUCGCAGAAAAGUCGCGUGAAAAUCAAUGGCGGCAACAUAACCAUCGAGAGCCUGAGGCGAGAGGACUUUGGCUAUUAUCAGUGUGUGGUGUCGAACGAAGUGGCCACCCUAAUGUCGGCAACCCAGCUGGUCAUCGAAGGUACUCAGCCGCAUGCACCGUACAAUAUCACGGGUAAGGCGACCGAAUCUUCGAUAACGCUGCAAUGGAUGCCCGGAUACAGUGGCGGCCAGGAGUAUAAGCAGGACUACACGAUAUGGUACCGAGAGGCUGGCGUCUCGGACUGGCAAACGAUAUCGGUGACUCCAUCGGGCAGUACUCAGGUGACGAUUAACGGCCUGGCGCCGGGCAUGACCUACGAGUUCCAGGUGGUGGGGAGUAAUGCCCUCGGUGCUGGUAUGAUGAGCAAAGUGAUGACUGUCCGGACACUUGACACAAUAUUAGAAUUCUAUGAAAUGCACUUUCGAACAGACUCCAAUGGCUCUAUAAUUUAUAAUCCUCCAAAACUCAAACUAAGAGGUCCAAAACCAGGUCAACCACGCAACUUAACCGUUCAAGAAGUAUCAAAUGGCUUUUUAAUAUCAUGGCAAUCACCACUAGAACGUGCCCAUAUCGUAAAAUUCUACACAAUUAAGUAUCGUACCGAUUCAAAUUGGAAGACGCUUAAUCGUGGCCAAAUUCGGCCAGAAGAAACGCAAUACUUAGUUAAGAAUUUAGUCGGCGGUCGUACAUAUUAUUUUCGUGUUCUAGCAAAUUCUGAAAAAAGUUUCGAAUCCAGCGAUGAAGUUAAAUUCCCUGUGCCGGCUCGUGUCAAACAUAAAGCAAUUACAGCCGGUGUCGUUGGGGGGAUCCUGUUUUUUAUUGUUGCGAUCAUUUUAUCGGUUUGUGCCGUAAAAAUUUGCAAUAAACGUAAACGACGAAAACAGGAAAAAGAGUUCAACAUGGUAGCUUGCAGGAUUACUGAUGCCCGUAACAUUGCCGCCAAUCGUACGGGCUGUAAUUCCAGUGGUCAAGUGCCUUUAAAAAAAUAUAAACAAGCCAGAAUAUCAAGUGUAACCACUGUCUUCAUAACCAUUCUCCAUUGGAUUUGGCCACCAGAUCGUUGUACAAAUUGUCAUUCUAUUUAUAGCACACCAAAUAUCGACGAAAUAGAUGGCAAUCGAAGAAGUGUUGGUCAAAUUCAUCGUUCUGUGGAUGGACGUUUCGUACUCUCUGAAACACCAGAUGUUCAACAACAAGAUUCUAAAAGCAGUAACAAUAACAACAAUAAUAAGAAUGGUGAACGUCGCAACAGCACAGGAUCUCAAAACUCCAGCAGUGAUGAUGGAGGAUUUCUAGCACGACGAAAUUUUAUCAACUCGCGUGCCUCAUGGCGACGUCCAUUAGUCGCUUCUCCCAGUCAACUCAGUCUUCAGUCGAAUAGUUCGGCAAGGGGAUUCUUGAAUGGCUUGGGUGGUCUGUUGCGUGUUGGUGCGGGACGCUAUCAAAAUGUACCUCGCAAUCAGCAAUAUGCGAAUGUUUAUCGAAAUCUGCCACAACCAGCUUCGAGACCACUACAUCAAAACCUUCAUAUAAACACUUUGGCAGUACCUCAAACACCAAUUACACCAAACUUGUACACUCCAUCGAGGGUAUCGAGGAUCUUUUCCAGCUCACCGGCAAGUACAAUUGGUAUACACUCGCCAUGGUCACCUGCAGCUAAUCAGUUCUCUGAUUUGAGUACAGUUUAUCCGAGUUCUGCUGAAAGAUCCUUUCCAACGCCAUCUAGCGGUGGAUUGGGUGCAACUGCUUCUGGAAACACCGCCGGAAGUCGCUACCAUCGUUACUAUUCUCAUGAACUGCCCUCGCUGAGGACAAUUCAAGAGGAAACACGACGCAUGAAUCAAGGUUUUGUUCCGCUGCAUAUACCACCGUCACCGUCAUGGCGCGGAUACUAUCAAUCGCAAACACCAUAUCACAGCUAUCGGCCUAGAACGAGAUGGUAUCCACGCCAUUCACGUGUGACCCGCUCCCAUUCCGAACUUCUAUCCCCACUGCCACAUCUCAAUUUCGCUGCGGCCCACUAUCGACCGUCCGGUGGCAUGGGUUUAGAAGCUUCGCCAGAAAGCCGCUCCAGUUCGAGUGGCUUUGGCAGCAAGAAUACAUCGAAUCAGCAGCAUGGAUCUCAUCAUUCGGGGAGUACAAGUGAAUGGCGACUACUGCCUCCGUAUCGUCCACCACCGCCACCUCCAUCCACAUCAUAUUACUAUCAAGAUCCAGGACCGCACUAUCAUCAUCAUCAUAGCCUGCAUCAUCACCAUCAUCAUCAUCCUGCUGCUGCUGCAGCAGCAGCAGCAGUAGCCAACGCAUCAGCGACAGUGGGUACACAAUCAACGCUGCCAUAUUACAACAACAACAACUACAACACAACCGGCGGUAGUCUCAAACAACGUCCAACAACUCCACCAUACACAAUGGGUAACUGGUUGGACAUGAUAUCGCGUCUAAAUGCCGCCACCGAUACAGUCAACGUACACAAGGCAGUCGACGUUGGCAGUGUCGACGGACACUAUGAAUUCGAUCCGUCAACGCCGACUCCAAGUGCCUCAACACCGACCGGUGGACCGCGCGAUGAUCUCAAUUUGCUCAAUAUCGAUACGGGAAGUACAGUCGGUGGAAUAUUCCAUACGGCAACUUCGGGAAUGCCACCAACUGCCGCAAUGACUCUAGGCCCGCCAAUGCGUAAGCAACGCUAUGGCGCUAGUACACGCUAUGAUAACAUUGAAACGCGUGUACAAGCGAUGAAGGAAGAAUUUUACGCUUAUCGAAAGCGUCAGGCAAUGAAACGGGCUGGAGUUGUGGAAUUGGAAAGUAUGUGUUAAAAAAAUGACAGACAAAAAAUAACAUAAUAUAAAACUCAGCACGCUUAGAAACCUUCAAAAUAACAAUCCCCCUAUGAGACCGAUUUAGAGCAAUAAAAAACAACAACAACAACACAUCAAAAAAUAUAGAAUAUCUACAAAAAAAAACAGCGCAAUGGCUAUGAACUACAAAAAUAUAAAAAAAAAAGAAAAAAAUAAAAACACGCCACCCCAUCCUUCGAACUUUUUAAAGAG